CUGACCCAUUCACCUUAGGCAAAGAUGGCGCUCCUCCUCCGGACCCUCGGCUCUUCUCAGGCGGCCAGAAACGCUGUUUCCUUUAGCAAAUUUUAUCAAGGUCCACUGAAGUCAUGCGGCACGCUAUCAGCAGUGGUAUCUUCAAAGUCUCUCAUACCUGCCAAUGGAAUUCAUAUCUCAAAAAUGGUGGCAUCAUCAUCAGCCUCAACAGCUGCUCAUGGAGGUCAUAACCAUGGUCUGCAUUGGUCCAUUGAGCGUGUGGUCUCAGUGAGCCUUCUUGGGCUCCUUCCGACUUGUGCUUUCUUCUAUCACCCUGCCAUGGAUUACAUCAUGUCCCUCUUCCUCUGUCUGCAUUCACACUGGGGACUACAUGGGAUUGUUGUUGACUACAUUCGACCAAAGCUGUUUGGAGGCUUUGCCACUUUUGCUGAGUAUUUCAUCUAUGUUUUCUCCUUCCUUGCUUUUGGAAGCAUUAUGUAUUUCAACUACACUGAUGUUGGGCUUAUCCCUGCUGUUAAGAUGCUUUGGCGCUUAUAAAGGAAUUCCUUUGGACAAUUUUUGCCUCCCUAUAUCUAGGCAGGUGAAAUCUUGGUAUCUGCUAACACCUUGUUGAAGAUGAUUGAUCCAGCAUGUGUUUAAUCAGCUAUAGAAAUGAGUAGAUAAUGGAUGUUUAGUCAGCUUUUGAAGUGAAAUAUUGUUUAUCUGGCAUAUUUGAUGCUGUGUGUCCACCUCAUGUCAGUCUUUGAAUAAGAACCACUCUUGGUCCUCCCUGCAAUCCUUGGAAUAAACUUCAUGGGGGGAUUUGUGAUUAGGGUCUAGUUUGGGUCAUUGUACUUGCUUCAGAUACCUGUACCGAGGAUUGUAAUCAUAGCAUUAUUUGGAGCCCUUUACUCUUGAAACCUUUUUUUUCUCAUGCCUCUGUUUCUGAUGGGAAGAAUAAAUUGAAGAGUUGUGAUCUGUCAUA